AUGGGCUUCCAAGCUGUGAUCCUCUGUGGCCCUGGUGUUUCGUUGACCACAUUUACUUCGAAGGAAGAUUCCCCAAAAUGUCUCAUCCCGGUUGCUAAUAGGCCGAUGGUGUACUACCCACUGCAAUUCUGCAAAAAAGCAGGAAUCACUGAUAUCACUUUGAUCACUCCUCCAUCUGCCGCAGCUCCGCUCCAAGCUGCUCUGCAGCAAAACCCCUACCUUACCUCGCUUUCUUCCCCAUCGCCCUCGAUCCUCGCACCUGCAGAUUUGGAAAUGACCACUGGAACUGCCGAGCUUCUUCGUCUUCCGGAAGUGCAGGCUUGCAUCAAAUCAAAUUUCCUUCUCCUACCCUGCGAUAUUAUCUGCGAAAUUCCUGGUGAAUCUCUGCUGGAAGCAUGGAUGGUCGCAGACGACUUCACUACUCAAGAACCUCGCCAUACCUAUGGUCUGUCUUCAGGACCAGGUGCUGAGCAAUUCAGGCCCCGAGGUGGCCUUAGCGUCUUUUAUCAGACAGAAGGACGAGAGGAGAGUGUCAAGGGCGAGCCCACUGAUUUGGUGGCCACUGCACCAUUGGAACAAGAUGAAGCACCAGCAGUAUCACACCCACUCGAUGGCCCUGCUGCACUACGAUUUGGACUAUCGAAACUAGUCAUGUCAAUGCCCAUGGAUACCGUAAAAGAAAAGAUGGAACAAGACAAGGGUUUCUUGAUGCGCCAUUCACUCGUCGAAACCCACCCCCAAGUGAAGAUUCUGACAAAAUACCGAGAUGCGCAUUUGUACAUUUUCCCAUACUGGAUUAAAGCUCUGGUGCGUGAGCAGGAGAAAUUCGAAUCAGUCAGUGAGGAUUUGAUUGGCUACUGGGCGAAGGCCGAGUGGCAAAGAGGUCUUGGAGACAAGCUGGGAAUAAACAAGAUUUUCCAGAAGGAGAGUCACAGCAACGAUGACAGUGGAAGCCAUGACGGCGAGUCACUCGAGGAUGAGAUUGACCUUCACAGUUUGAGCACCACCAAAGCCGGCCUCCCCAAGUCUGCCACAACAGUGGAAGUCAACUCGGAGUCCUCCAUCUAUGCUUCUCGUGUUAAGGCGCAAGCCUCAAAGACGAAAUCUGAAAAGGUUCCACCUAUGCUUGCAUACGUCCAAAGAAGCUCUGCGCCCUUUGUUAGACGUGUCGACAGCACCGCUACUCUUUUAACCACAUCCCUCCGCCUAGCAAAGCUAGAAUCUAUCGAAGAUGUUGGCCGCACAGUAGCUUCGCCAUUUGCUCACAACCAAAAGGUUGCCCACCCUGAGGGUGUAGCUCAACGCUGUACUGUUACGAAAAGCGAUUGUCUUCUCGGCCAGAACACAACAGUGGCUGAGAAGUGUGUUAUCAAGGAGAGCUGCAUUGGUUCAAACGUGACUAUUGGCAGCGGAGCUCGAUUGACCCGCUGUGUUGUCUUUGACGGUGCUAUCAUUUCCGAACGGGCUACAUUGACAGGUUGCGUCAUUGGACGCCGCAGUCAGAUCGGCAGAGAGUGUUCCCUGAAGGACUGCGAAGUCCAGGAUGGCAACGUGGUCCCCGAAGAUACUGAUGCGAAGAAUGAAAAGUUCAUGAUCUUCGAAGGUCUUGAUGAUGAAGAGGAUGACAUGGAUGAUAUGUCUGAGGAUUCUUAUGACAGUUAG